AUGGCGAAAAGCUUCACGGUAAGUUCUUACAAGGAGGAGCAUGGACCAUUAGGGAGGAUUCGAGGAUGCGGAGAUCAGACAAAAUUCAGAUAUUCAAUUAUCAACCAUUUCAGCCACCCACACCCGUUGAGAUACGGCCAAGUGAUCAGGGCUUCCUGUAUAGCAUGCUCCAAAUAUGAAUAUGGAGAAGCAAUGUACCUAUGUCGUUCCAAGUCAUGCGACUACCAGCUGCAUCCAUUUUGUGCACAGUUGCCGCGACAGCUUCAUAACCCCUACCAUCCACAUCCUCUCACUUUACAAGCAAAUCCUGGUGAAGAAGAAAAACAUUUUGCCUGCACUGCCUGCACUAGAAAGCUUGGAUCACAAUUUCGCUACUACUGUGACCAUUGCGAUCUAAAACUGGAUAUUGGAUGUGCUUCUCUAAGGUGCAGCACAAAUAAAGAUAAUGGCUUACUUCACCAUUUUAGCCACUUUCAUCCAUUGGCGCCUUUGAACAAGGUUCCUGAUGAGCAAUCCUAUUUAAGACGCUGCGGAAAUCUCUCCGACCGUGACUAUGUUUGCACUGGAUGCAACUUCGUUCUCCCCUCCUCAUGUCUUGAGUUGAAGCUGCCAGGAGAGAUCCAACACUCUAAUCAUCCAUGCCUCCUAACUCUCCGCAUCCGUUUUCAUUUUGAAACAACUCGUUAUUGGCUUCAGAAUCAGCAUAAGCCACAUUUUGAGUACCAGUGUGCGAAAUGCAGAUUUAUUAUGGAGGCUACCUCAGCUGUAUUUCUCACUACCCAAUCUUACGAAGAUCAAAAGCAAUUUCACCAUUUCAGCCACAAGCAUCCAUUGAUAUUGAGUAGGCAAAAAGACAACGAUGAUCGAGUUAAUUGCUCUGCAUGUGGAAAAUCCUGUUCAGGUCCAACUUAUUGCUGCACCACAUGCCAAUAUUUUCUCCACCAGCAUUGUUUUGAUUUGCCACUAGAAAUUCGACACUUCUUUCACCGAUGCCCUCUCUUCCUAUGCAUUCAAGCAAAUUCUGUUAAUUGUGGAGCUUGUAACAAAAUUAUUCCGGGCUUCUACUUCUACUGCAAAUGGUGCAAUUUCAGCAUGGACGUUGAAUGUGCUCUGUCACCCACGAUAGAAUUUCAAAGUCGAGAGCAUUUUUCCCAUUUUAGCCAUCCGCAUCCAUUGAUGCUCAUUGAUAUAAAGGACAGUGAUGGAGUUUACUGCUCUGCUUGUGAUAAAUGCCUUUCAGGCCAAGGAUUUGUCUGCAGCGAAUGCAGUUUUGUCCUCCACCAAUCCUGCUUUGAGUCACCACAGGAAAUCCGACACCGGUUUCAUCCAUUCCAUCCUUUAAUUCUCCAAACUAGGCCAUCUAAUGUCUCAUCUACAUGCAAUGCCUGUUGCAAAUAUCUCAAUGGGUUUACUUACGUUUGUUCUCAUUGUAAUUUUGAGUUGCAUAUUGAAUGUGCUACCAUAAUGCCCAAUGUUUCUUAUAAAGGACACCAGCAUCUCCUACUCUUCUUGGAGAAUACGGAAAUUGAGGUCGAGUGUAAUAGCUGUGGUAUCUCUUGCAACUCAUCCGUGUUUCGCUGCGUGGAUUGCAAUUUUAACCUCCAUUACACAUGUGGUCCAUUGCCUCAUACCAUUAAACAUGAAUGCCACAUAGAUCCUCUACUCCUCAGAGAUUCUCCUGUUGAAGAUGAUACAUAUGAUGGGUUUUACUGUGAUGAAUGUGAGAAGAAAAGAGACCCAUUGUUACCUAUCUACCACUGCAAGGAUUGCCACUACAUUGCUGAGAUUGAAUGUGUCAAGUCUGAGGUUAUGCUCACGCUGAAGGGAGGCUAUGGAGAUGUGGAGUUGAGGAAUCCAGCAGGACGAAUCAAUGGCAAAGUUAUCACCAAUUUAGAGCUGACGGAGAUAGAGCUGGAAAAAGAGCAAAACAGCAACAAAGAUGUUGGAGAUAUGGAAGGGAAACCUUUAACCUUCGAUGACGCGUUUGAUUAUCUCAAUUUCGAUGAAAAGAGAGAAUUGGAAAAUGUUUUAGCAGCUCAGCGGAGGGAUAUAACUGAGGCAGUAGAUACCUCAUCCGAGAACAACAGCGAAUAUAGCGAUGUCUAUGGUGAUGAUGUGAUUGAGGCAGGAGAGACAUCAUCUUAUGACUAUAGUGAAAACAGUGGUGAUGAGCACUUGAGAUUCAAUGAUAUUUCACUAGCUUUCCGAAGGAGCAUAUGUAGGAUUAAAAAGAUAUUAUCCAGCGACCGUAGAGCAGAUAGUGAUGGGAAACUACAAGUUUCACAAUUCUUGGAUUAA